AUGAACAAACAGUCGUCCGCAGCUGCCGUCGCCCUCAAGCGACACUGUCAUAGCGUCAUUGACGCACUUGGCGCAAGGAGUCCGCCGGAGGCGUUUCUUUUCCGCGGGAACGCCUACUUUGCGCUGGGGCAGCCGUAUUUUGCCGUCGCGGACUACAACACGGCGGCGCAGGUGCUGCAGCUCUCCGGUCGACAUCAGCGACGUUGCUACGAGGCGCUGGCGCACUUCCCGGCCCACCAGGUUGGCACCUAUCCUUCCGACGACUCCCACCUCCACCUUUACGUGCAUCCGUACUUGAAUGGAAACUGCGAGGUGGCGAAGGUAGACGCGGCGGUGGGACGCGGCGUAGUGGCCAAAGAGAACAUUUUGCCGUGCUGCGUCGUGGUGCGUGGCGCGGAGCCCUGGCUACGCUACCCAACAGAUGACGGGCUCUGCGCCUUUUGCACGAAGCCCCUGCCAGAACGCUUCUUCACGUGCAAAAAUCCCAACUGUCACGAGGAGUACUGCAGUAGGGACUGUAGAACAAUGGCUCUUUCCCUUUACCACUCUCGCUCGUGCGGCAUUGAAGGGCUUCAGGCCCUUGAACUGGACAUGUAUACGCAGAUGAAGGCGGCAGAGACGAGUACGGCAAAGAAUGCGGCGGCUGCGCAGCUUCUCAUGUUGCGCGUCCUGGCUGUCUCGCUGCAGCAGCAGGUGAUUCCGUCUGCCCUGAGUGAGCUACGCAUCCUCUCUGGCCGCUUGCUGUUUAGUCCCAAGGUUCUCUCCGAGUCGUUUCUGGAAAUCUACGAGCGAUUCACCCGCUCCUGUCACACCACCACCUCCAUUUCAUACGAGGAAAUGAUUGGCGUGUUGGCGCGCGUGACCGCAAACUGUUUUCAUCGCGAGACAUGUGUCGAGUUGAACCUUGCACGCUCCAUGCUGAACCACUCGUGCGCCGCCAACGCCGCGGAGGACCCAACUUCGGGGGAGGUCAAAACAACGCGGGGAGUCGCACGUGGGGAGGAGAUUACCAUCAACUACUACCCGCAGCUAAAGCACCUGGCGUUCGCGGAGCGCUCAACGGAGCUGGAGCGCCGCGGCUUCGUGUGCCGCUGCCCACGCUGUCAGAGGGAGCAGAGGAAAGGGGCGGAAGGGCGGGAGUGA